AUGUCGUCCGUCCUCCCGUCCCCCACGGUGCGAGUCAACAUUGUUGAAAAGCUCUCCGACCUCAUCAUGGCCAUUGAGGCCCACCCAGCCUGGAUCCCGCCGAAUCCCCACAGGGGUCUCUUCCACAUCUGGGACUUCGUCAACCGCUCCCGGUACAUCAUGACUGAGCUCGACCACAUUCGGGACGGCGAGCCCGUGCAGUAUCCGGACCAGAUCCCGCAGCAGAAGUCAGGCCGAACCGGUCCCAACGCCGCCGCCGAGUCUUUCGCCGACGUCUGUGGGCGAUGCGUCACGGUCAACGAGAUGGUCAGCAACCCGAAGCUGCUCACGAUGAUGGGUCUCCCGCAGGUGGACUACGGCAGCAACAUCACUGCCAAGGCUCAGGCCGUCGUCGAUAUCGUUAGUAGGGGCAACUAG